AUGAGUAACGAGGGCGGUUUUUCAUCGCUCAAAUUCCGCCGGCCGUCAUCCAAGUUGCACAAAGAUCCUCCAAGUUUCACCUCGCGGAUUCUCAAAGGCCAUCAAAGCCACACUUCGCUCAAACGACAUCCUUCAGCUCCAGUCCCUCCUCGCUCCUCUGCGGCUGCCGCCGGUCGUGACCAUCAUACUCGUACCAGAUCAAACGCUUACGGUUCGUCGUCGUCGUCGUCGCUCGAGCAGAACAACAACAGCAGCAACAAUAAUAGCGCUGGUGCUUCCCCCAUCCUGUCCGGCCCCGAUUCCCAUUCUUACCAGCCCUCCCGCCCCGCCCGUUUUUCCCUUAUCGAGCAAUCCUCCGAUGAACUAGUUGGUAGCCCCUUCGACACGCGGGGCAUGCUAGAUGCGUUAGACGAGACCGCCGCAGAGUCGGACCACCAGACGGCCUCCUACUUCCCCCAACCCCCCCCUCAACAGCAAGCCUACCACACGACCUCCAACCAAGAGUCCUCCCGUGGUCUCAGACAAUCCGCCAGUUUUACUGCGCUACAGAACCGGAUGGAUUCGUUUCAGCAACGGCCCGACAAUGACCGCCCCCCGAAUACCAAGCGGUUCUCCGAUGAGGGGAAUAUCACUUCGAAGCCCCCUACUGGGAGGAGUAAGAAGGCCAGCUUUUCCAGCUUUGUCAAUAGCAUGCUAGGCUCGCCGCGAGGCGUCAAGAUUUCCGCCCCAGAGAACCCGGUGCAUGUCACCCACGUGGGCUAUGAUAACCAGACGGGCCAAUUCACUGGCCUCCCCAAGGAAUGGCAGCGUCUUCUGCAGGAAAACGGUAUCUCGAAGAAAGAACAGGAAGAGCACCCUCAGACCAUGGUUGAUAUUAUGCGCUUCUAUGAAAAGAAUGCUCGCGGUGAUGACGAAGUGUGGCACAAGUUCGACCAUGCCUAUCCUCACCAGCAGCCCGUCGUUAGUCCUCUUGUUCUCACAAAUACUCCCUCCCCAUACGGCUCGAGUGCGCAGCAGAACUCUCCGCCCACCAGUCCUCGAUUUCCUCAGAACCAUGAAGGCAGUUUUGAGAAUCCACGAGCUCCGCCGCCGGUUCCUCGCGGAGCUUCCGGUAUGAUUCCCAACCGCGCCCCUCCCAAGCCCCCGGUGCCCGCAAACAUGACCCCAGCUCGACCAGCGCCGCAGCCGCCCGUUGCUUCGAGUCCGUAUGCAGGUGCCGUCGGUCCCUCGCAGCCUUUUGGCACGCCGGCGAUUCCGGAGGCGGAGGUGUUGCCCAGCCAGCCCAGCGGUGGUAGUCCUGUCGUCCAGGCGCCAGCCGGUGCCGUCACUACUCCCGCUCAAUACCAACAGCAGCAGGAACAGGCGAUGGCAGCCGCUCAGCAAGCCAUCGCCAACCAGCAAUUGACUCGGAACCGCAGCCAGCGUCAGCCCGGCCACCAGCAUCAGGGCUCCCGCCAGAUCGAACAACAGCAGGCGGCCACUGCGGCCGCUCAGCCUGCGCUUCCGGCUCAAGCGGCUGCCCCUCCUGCAGCCCGUCCGCGACAACGUGUUCGUCAGAGCAAUGCUAUGGAUAUCCGGGCUCGGCUACUCGCCAUCUGCACGCCUGGCGAUCCCACGCAGAUGUACUACAAUCUGAACAAGAUUGGCCAGGGUGCAUCUGGUGGCGUGUUCACUGCGUACGAGAAGGGGACACAUAGUUGCGUAGCUAUCAAGCAGAUGAACUUGGAAUUGCAGCCCAAAAAGGAUCUCAUCAUAAACGAGAUUCUCGUCAUGAAAGACAGCAAGCACAAGAACAUCGUCAACUUCCUGGACAGUUAUCUGUACGGGUCGGAUCUGUGGGUCGUCAUGGAAUACAUGGAGGGUGGCAGCUUGACCGAUGUAGUGACUUAUAACAUCAUGAGCGAACACCAAAUCGCGGCCGUCUGCCGAGAGACUUUGAACGGCUUGCAGCAUCUCCACUCAAAGGGCGUCAUUCAUCGUGAUAUCAAAUCAGAUAACAUCCUUCUCUCCAUGGAAGGAAACAUCAAAUUGACCGAUUUUGGUUUCUGUGCGCAGAUCAACGAUUCUCAGAAUAAGCGGAAUACUAUGGUCGGCACGCCUUAUUGGAUGGCUCCGGAAGUCGUGACCAGGAAGGAGUACGGACGGAAAGUUGACAUCUGGAGUUUGGGCAUUAUGGCUAUCGAAAUGAUCGAGGGCGAACCACCCUAUCUGACCGAAUCUCCUCUCCGGGCACUUUACCUUAUUGCUACAAACGGCACGCCCAGGAUCAAGGAAGAGCAUCAACUGUCGCAUAUCUUCAAGGACUUCCUGUACUUUGCACUCAAAGUCGACCCUGAGAAGAGAGCUUCGGCACAUGACUUGUUGAAACAUCCUUUUAUGUCGCUCUGUGCGCCACUGUCGCACCUGUCACCUCUUGUCAAGUCUGCGCGGAUAAGCAAAGCCCAGGAAAAGGCCCAGAAGGGCGGCGCUUAA